AGGUAUGACGAGUAUCCAGUAUAGGCAGGUUUUGUGAAAAAAGAGAAGAAACAAAAAAAAAAGAUAGAAAAAAUACGACGAUGCCUCACACAAGGAAGCGCAAAAACAGCCCACCCCCUCCGUCCAGGGAAGCUGAGCAUAGACGCAUUCAUGAAGUAAUCCAUCGCAUCAAUAGUGAUAUCAAACGAUUCCACAGCAAAUUUCUAAACGAUCGCAAGAUUGAUUACGUAGCCUGUUCCAGUUGUAUGGACAAACUCCUGGAAGACUGGCAGAUGGACAAUGAAUCGCAUCCAACAUGGAAGGAAUUUGUUGAGUGUACAUGCAGCAACAAAGUGCCUUCAAAAGUGAAAUCCAGCGAAGAAUAUUCCAAUAUAAUGUACAUCUGCGAGAGAGCGCGCGAUUUUGAAAUCAUGAUCCCGAACAUGCGCAACGAACUAGUUUCUUGUAUCAAGAAACACGUCUACAAGUACUGUCAAAGUUUCGAAGAAGAUGCACAACCAAUGGAAAUUGCCCCUGUUACAGAAUAUGCAUCAUUCAUUGAGAGUCAGAAACAAGACAUCGAUUCCAAGAUAGAUAAUUUAAACCACAACAUUUUAACGUACGGAGAAACCAAGAGUCCUUUCUACAAAUUCGUCUUCAACGGCCAGGAACACGAGACUCUUAUGGAGGACAUCACCGAGAACAUCACGGGAGUCUGCGACCUGCUCAGGAAAUGGAUCAAGGAGGACCAGACCUACCCAGAACGUCUGUCUCAGGAAAUACAGUUCAACAAUUCGUACAAGGAGACUCUGCAGGACGACAUUCGCAAGCUGUCCAGAGAUCGCAAGUCGAAGGAGCAGCAGAUCGAGAGGCUGGAGCGGAGUCGACUGCGGGUCCUGGACGACUACCAGAGUCACAAGAACGAGAAGACGAGUCUCAAGAGAAGGGUGGAGGUGGUGGAGCAGAAGCUGGAGCGGCUGUCCAAUGACAAGGAGAAGAAGAACAAAGAGAUCACCGAGCUGGAGGAAACCAGAAGCAAGAGAGGUCCCAUGUCUCCUCGCGACAGAAGCAACCUCGACAUGCAUAUCGACAAAUGUCGCGCGGAUGUGGACAAGAUUAACGAGGAUGAGAAAAUCAUGAACAAACAGCUGAAGAGACUGCGCAGACAGCUGAAGCAGGUGUCGGACAGGACGUACGAGCUGAAGGUGGAGGCCGUGACGAACAGACACAAGCAGUACGAGCUGCAACAGGAGAUCACGGGCAUAGACAUUGAAAUUAACUCACUGAAGGAGCGUAUUCAAAGCAUUGAUGAGAAAAACGAAGUUAUCAAGAAGAUCAGAAACAUGAAACUUUCUCCAGCGACUCUGCGAGAAAAGCACUUUCAACGAAAAAAGUCUGACAAUCAGCCAGAUGAUAACCUCGAAGAAGCUUGUAAAUUUGCCGCCGUUGGCGUAGCAUCAGACUGGAAGCAGUUGUAUGAACGUCUGCCCUUCAUCCCAGCGCGAACAAAAAGCAGACGAAAAAACGACCUCCAGACAAUGGACCUUAUAGGAGCGCGGCGGGACUGGACUGAUGAAGAGCAGGCUAUGAAGAGUCUAGAGAAAUGGCGAACUUUCAACAGGCGGGGGGAUGUGGUCCACCUGAUUAAAGCUUUGAGGAAAAUUCGCAAGGUUGACGUAGCUAGGAUGCUGGAAAGCAAAUACAUGGUUACCGAUGUGUACAGCUAACACUAGAGAAGGGCGCUAAUGAGGUCUGGUGCAUCCAGUAUACGUGUACCUUCUUUGUUCCUUAAAUCUCUGGAGACGGAUGUUUUGAUAAUAAAAUUUUCUGAAUGGAAUUUUGGAAACAAGGUAAACUGCUGGCGCAUGUGCACGAAAUUGUGAUGGGCGUGGGGGAUGGGGGGGGGGGGGGGUUCUAGACUGGCGAACGAAGAUUUUAGUAUGUGCUUCCUCGCAAAAUAUAUUAAAGGGACACACCCUAGUUACGUUUUUUGUUAACCAUUACGGCGUUGUUUUUUGCUAUUAAACCCCAUUUUUCACAAAUAAAAUUGCACUUUACUUACAUUUUAUUAU